CGUUGUAUGUUGUUUUGACCCGUUGUGUUGACCUUCAACCUCCAGCGUUGUAUGUCGUGUUGAGCCUUAGUUCCUUACCCUGUGGUGUCAAGUGAGAGUACUUUAUUUGUGUCUGUGUGUGUGUGGGGGGUGAUGUUGACGCCUAGUGAGACCCUGUGCCAACUGCACCAACAGGCGGCAGAAGUGAGGGUCUAUGCCCAUAUAGGUGCCCGCAUGUAUGUCAGAAGUGGAGCUGAGAUGAUACGCAUGGGCGGAGUUUACAUGGACGAGAAGAACCUUGCAAGUGCAUAUGUGUUGUACACAAAAUACGCAGUAUUGGCGCUGGAGAAACUUCCGAAGCAUCCUGGGUAUUCAAAGUUGUCACCUGAAGACCUUAAAGUCCUGAAAAAGCGUGCCAAAACGUCUCUGGACGUCGCCGAAGAGCUGAAGAAACGAAUCCGAACUCAACUGGACAAAGAAUACGAGAGAUACGAAGCAGAGAGAGCAGAGAAUGAUCGUCUGAGUGACCGACUAGCCGAAGAUCUCCAGUUGACCGAAAAAGAGAGUGGGAAAAAACUGACAGACGAGGAGAGGGAAGAUUACGAGAGGAGAUUGGCUAAAAUCAAGGAGGCAGAGCGGUUAAGAGCACUUUCUGAAGCUAACACAAUAGUACCACCAGAUUCAUCGAAGUCACGGUCGUCUCGAAGUAUAGAGCCUUCGCCAGAUGAUAACAGAAAUUAUUCGAGAGAUGUCUAUAACCUCAUUGAUUCAGGUGCAAAUCGAGGGUCGCAGCAGUUGAGACCCCUGUUGGUGCCUGGAAUUCUGAGGGAGAAGUUUGCAGCACUUGCUGAGAGAAAUACUGAAAGAAAUGUAGAGACGUGUGGUGUUCUGUGUGGGAAAAUGAGCAACAACCAGUUCACUGUGACGGUGGUGGUACUACCCAAACAGUCUGGCACUUCUGAUUCAUGUCUGACUUCACACGAGGAGGAGCUCUUCGAAGUGCAGGAGAAGUAUGACGUAAUCACUCUUGGCUGGAUCCACACCCACCCCACCCAGUCUGCAUUCCUGUCCAGUGUGGAUCUCCACACCCAGUUCAGCUACCAGAGCAUGAUUCCAGAGUCCGUAGCCAUCGUCUACUCCCCCAAAUACCAGCAGUACCAGUCGUUUUCAAUCACACAACAUGGCCUGAAAGUACUGAGCGAAUGUAGAGAGGCUGGAUUCCACUACCAUGCAAAAGAGCCCCCCUUGCAACAAGUGUCGCCCCACGUGACUAUGGACCCUUCUAUAGGAAUCACAACUGUAGACUUGAGACUGUGAUGUGAAAUUGGAUUUUAGUAGAGGCUCUUUUUUGAUCUACAGGCAACACAGCGCAUAGUUGUAAAGAUUUUUUUCCAAUUUGGAGUUUCAGUGUGGCAGAAAACUAAAAGUUCAAAGUUUCUGCGUUUUGUUCUCUGAGUUCAAUGCGUAAUUUUUAUUUUAUUUCGACAAAAUUUUUCAGACCAUUGUAGACUUCCGCAUUUUGCACUGAAGAGAAAAAUUGGUUUGCAAAUAUGGAUUUGCAUGGUGUUUUGCCCGUAGACUGAAAAAAAAGGUCUCGCUUGCACUUUGACUUUAAUUUAAUUCAUCAUUCGGUGCAUCAUAGUUCGUUAGUUUUAAAUCGCAGAUUAGUUAAUCAAUUGUACAACCUGUCCUAAUUAAAAGCUACGAAAUAGAUGAUUCAGUGGAG